GCUCCGGGGGCGGCGCGCGUGCGCGUCGCUGGGGUUUUGCCGCCAAGAUGAAGCUCGUGAGGUUCCUGAUGAAGCUGAGCCACGAGACGGUGACGGUGGAGCUGAAGAACGGGACCCAAGUGCACGGCACCGUCACCGGAGUGGAUGUCAGCAUGAACACACACCUCAAAGCCGUGAAAGUGACGCUCAAAAACCGGGAACCGGAACAACUGGAGACCCUGAGUAUCAGAGGCAAUAACAUCCGGUAUUUAAUUCUGCCCGACGGCCUGCCUCUGGAUACUCUGCUGGUGGAGGUGGAGCCGAAAGCUAAAUCGAAGAAGAAGGAAGCAGUUGCAGGAAGAGGCCGAGGCCGAGGCCGGGGACGGGGCAGAGGCCGAGCUCGGGGCAGAGGAAGAGGAGGUCCCCGGCGGUAACUUGCCCGCAGGAGAAGGCCGUGAUCGCGUCGGGGCAGCCGGGGUCGUUUUUGUACAGGUUUCGUUUUCGACGUCCAAUUUCUAAUAAAUACCAAGCCGGGAGCGGGUCCGCUCACCGGCGCUUCAAAAUUCA